AUUCCAAUAUAUUAACUAUUUUUCUUUGUUUUGUUCUUAUAGUAACUAUUUUUCUGUAGAACUUAGAAACAUGUUGAUGGCUAAGUUUGGAGUAUCUCAAAUAUUCUUGGUGCUUAUCAUGAUCUUGAGUGGUGCAGUCACAGGCCAAAAUGUUCCUGCCAUGUUCAUUUUUGGUGACUCACUUAUUGAUAAUGGUAACAAUAACAACAUGGCUUCAUUAGCUAAAGCUAACUAUUUUCCAUAUGGUAUUGACUUCAAUGGUGGACCAACUGGUCGCUUCUCAAAUGGUUACACUAUUGUUGAUGAGAUAGCUGAACUGCUUGGACUUCCCUUAAUUCCUGCAUACAAUGGAGCCACAGGGGAUCAAAUGCUUCAUGGAGUAAACUAUGCUUCAGCUGCUGCUGGAAUCCUUGAUGACACAGGAAGAAACUUUGUUGGGCGCAUACCAUUCGAUGAACAACUUAGAAACUUUGAGAAUACAUUGAAUCAACUUACUGGAAAUCUUGGAGCAGAUAAUAUGGCCACACAACUAUCAAGAUGCAUAUUCUUUGUUGGAAUGGGAAGCAAUGAUUACCUAAACAACUACCUUAUGCCUAAUUAUAACACCAAAAAUCAGUACAAUGGACAACAGUAUGCUGAUCUCUUGGUUCAAACAUAUAACCACCAACUCACUAGGCUUUACAAUCUUGGAGCAAGGAAAUUUGUGAUUGCUGGAUUAGGGCUACUGGGAUGUACUCCAAGCAUAUUGUCUCAAAGCAUGAGUGGAAGCUGCUCUGAACAAGUGAACAUGCUAGUGCAACCCUUCAAUGAAAAUGUGAAGGUUAUGUUGAGCAAUCUCAACAAUAAUCUACCUGGUUCCAGAUUCAUUUUCAUUGACAGUUCCCGCAUGUUUCAGGAAAUUCUUUUCAAUGCAAGAUCAUAUGGAUUUACUGAUGUGAAUAGAGGGUGUUGUGGCCUUGGAAGAAACAGAGGUCAAAUAACUUGUCUACCAUUCCAAACUCCAUGCCCUAAUAGAAACCGUUAUGUGUUUUGGGAUGCAUUUCAUCCAACAGAAGCAGUUAACAUUCUUAUGGGAAGGAUGGCUUUUAAUGGCAAUACCAAUUUUGUUUAUCCUAUCAACAUUCACCAACUUGCUCAACUAUAAUAAUAUUUCAACUCUUCUAUGUGAGAAUCUUCUAGUGUGAGGAACUAUUAGAGAUCAAUUGUGGUGUAUUGCUUCCUAGCUUGAUUUCCAAUUAAAAUUGUCAUAUAAUCGAUGAUAUGGAUUUA